GGAAGUGCAGCCGCUAGUCUGAAGAGAGGCUCCGGACUCCCGCUCUCGCCGUACCGAGCGUCAUCCGUCGCGAUGCCCGUGAGCGACACGCGCCAGUAGCAGAUGAAGGCUGAAGAGGAUGCGCUGGAAGCAGCGGGCUGUAUGCGGGCAGCAGGGAGACGCAGCGGCAUCAUCCUCAUCCUCGGCAGCAGCAGCAGCAGCAGCAGCAGGGCGCUCGGUUAGCGCCCACCCCCACUCACUUCGUCUUUUCCUCCCCCCCUGCAGAAGCAUGCUUGCGUGAGGGAUGAGGCUGGAGACAGGGACAUCAGGCCAGAGCUGCGGCCUUCUUCUUUUCACGAGAGCCGGGCUCGCCAUCAUCGCAGCAGCAGCAUCCGCCAACGCUUUGCCAUCAUCACACCAGCAUCUUUGGUCAGUGAGCAGAUCCAGGAGCAUGAGCAGGAAGUUGCGCGGCGCGAGCAGAUGUCAGGGUAUAAGCGCAUGCGGCGGCAGCAUCAGAAGCAGCUGAUCGCCCUGGAGAACAGGCUAAAGGCCGAGAUGGAUGAGCACAAGCUCCGGCUGCAGAAGGAAGUGGAGACCCAGGCCAAUAACACCUACAUUGAACUGGAGCGGCUGGCCAAGAAGCAAGCUGCACAACUGGACAAGGAGUUGAAAGCCUCGGCAGCUGAGGAAAAAAGAAUCCAGCAACAGAUCUUGGUCCAGCAGAAGAAGGAACUGACCACCUUCUUGGACACACAGAAAAAGCAGUACAGACUAUGCAGAGAAAGAAUGAAAGAGGAAAUGAAUGAAGACUCCGAUACACCAAAAGAGGAGAAACAGGAGCGCUUGUCACGGCAUAAAGAAACAAUGCAGCGCUCCCAGGCCGAGGAGGAGGCCCAGCUGUUGAACCAGCAAAGACUGGUUUACGAAAGGAGCUGCCGUGCUCUAAAAAGAAGAAGCCUUAUCAAGAAGCACGAGUUUGAACAAGAGCAAAUGCGGGAGGAGCUUAACAAGAAGAAGACACAAAAAGAAAUGGAGCAUGCAUUGAUGAUCAGGCAGGAUGAGUCCACCCAAGAACUGGAACAGCGGCAACUACAAACCUUACAAAGGCUACGCUUUGAACUGAUGCGACACCAGCAUCAAACCGAGUUGGAGAACCAGGAGGAGUACAACAGUCGACGCCAGAGGGAGCUACACAGAAAGCAUGCACUGGAACGCCGACAGCAGCCCAGGAACCUUAAGACAUUGGAAAUGCAGAUCAAAAAGCAAUUCCAAGACACGUGUAAGGUGCAAAAUAAGCAGUACAAAGCUCUGAGGAACCAUCAGCUGGAGGUCUCCCCUAAGAGUGACCACAAAGCCAUCCUGAAGUCUCUGAAGGAGGAGCAGACCCGCAAGCUCGCACAGCUGGCAGAACAAUACGAGCAAAGCAUUAAUGAGAUGAUGGCCUCUCAAUCGUUACGUUUAGAUGAAGAGCAGGAGGCUGAAUGUCAGGCUUUAAGGCAGCAGCUGCAUCAGGAGAUGGAGCUUCUCGAUGCCUACCAGAACAAAACGAAGGCGCAGAUGGAGGCCCAACAUGAGCGCGAGGUGCAGAAGUUGGAACAGAAGGCGUCCUUGCGCCGGGCUCACUUGGAACAGAAGAUUGAAGAAGAGCUGGCCUCACUUCAUAAGGAACGAACUGAAAAAAUCAAGCAUUUAUUUGAGCGCCAGGAGCGGGAACUGGAGAUGUUUGAUUCGGAGAGCGCACGGCUAGGAUUCGGGAGCUUGGCCUCGUUUGACUUUCCCAAGGAUGAGGCCAGAUGAUCCAACGGAGGUCAAAAGGGACUGUUCAACACUGAUGUCCUUGGACACAUUGUGCCUGCACUGUCCCUGAUUGUUGGAUUUACCAAGAUCACCCAAACAGUGACAAUGCUGGAUCAAUAUCUUAUAACUCAUAUCGGCUGUGAGAACUUCGCUGAGAUUCAGAGAGGAGAAACUAAACAGCCACAGACACAAAAGUGGCUCGGUGAUGCAUCACUGGGCUCAUAAACCAACAAGAGAUAUCUAGACAAACUGACCUUUUCUCCAUGCCAUUGUCCCACUUUUGGUAUUAAAUUAGUAAUUCAGGAUAUUUUAGUACAAGUAAGCACUUUGAUAUGUUAAGUAUGAUCCCAUCAUGUAAGGUGGAUAUGAAGUGUGAAAUGCCUUUGGUGUCAUCAAAGGACAUUGCGACUGUAGAAUGUGUCCUGCGUCUUCACCGUGGCUAUUAGCUGUUUUGUAUGUAUCACAGAGAAUGUGACAACCGUUGAUGAAAACUUUACGCAGAAGCAGAUUUUGAAGCAGUGUCUGAUUUUAAAAUAUGGUGAAUACAUUAAGAGCAUUUAAUUGAUUUCAUAUUGUGGAACCCACGCUUUAUUUCUUUUUACUUAGAAAAAGGACAAAAAAAGAACAAAAAACAAAAGAUGUAUUCAUUGUUCAGUAUCCUAAAUUAAUUGGCAUUAGUUUUAUCAGGAUGUGGAUUUAUUACAUUGAAUCAGUUCUGUCAGAGUUACUGGUAUUAUUGCAUGCACUUUAAAAGACAAAUUCAGGUUGUGAAGUGGAGCAUGAAUCUGUCAGAGAUUUUAGCCGUGUACAAAUAAAAGUGGUCAUAGCAGUUUUGUUUUCAUGGCUAUUGAUACUGAACAUAAGCUUUAUCUUUGAUAUAAAUACCCGCCAAAAUUGCCAAAUGCCUUUAAGUUAUGUUGAUGAAUGUUUUUGUUUUUCUUAUUUUGCACAAUUUGUUGAAUUGUGAUUCAUUCAAUGUGGACUUAUCACUGCUCUUGUACAGGGAAAAUGUUGCAAUUUGUGUUGUACAAAUUUUAUAUAAAUAUUUGUAUAUGAUAACCUAAAUAGGGUUUACAUAUGUAUUGAUCAAUCAUUGCCAACAAAGAUCUAUGGAACUCUUGUUCAGUGAAGGCAGAGGAAUGCAAACUUAUUUUUGUAAGUAAAAUAGAAAGUAACUUAUAUUCUCGUGCAUCAUGUGACAGCCUUCAUGUCUGGUGGAGCUAUAAUGCGAACGCCUCUGUGUAACAGAGUUCAUGGCUUGCUGUCAUUUAAGAAAGACACCACUCCAGCAACUAGUAGAAGGGGUUCAGUUGAUUCUUAAUUCACAACAACAUGUACUUUAUAGGCAGAUUUGUGGUGUGUAAUAAAAGAUUCUUUGGGCCUGACCAACUACUAUCUUUUAUAAACUCUGACCUUUACCCUCAUUAUUCAUGAGUGUCUCAUAAUGUUUUAUCGCUGAUAAUCGGGGCGGUUUCCUGCUACUGUCAUUUAGGGCCUCUUCUCAGACAAAGCCAUUGUUUAAACUGCCGUUGCACAAAUGAAGUGAUGUUUUAACGAAUAAACACAAUGAAGUUUUGAUCGGCUAAUGGCAUGCUGAGAAAUACUGAGCAUUUUCAUAAAAGUUAUAGGCCAAAACUGUC